AUGUUGAACGACGUUAAACUCGCACGAGUGGGACCAAACCGUCACGAUUCGAGGAUUACUGUUAAAGUGUUAAAGAUCUGGGAUACAAUUCAUGUCGACACCGGUGAAGGGCUCAGUUUCCUCUUUCUCGAUGACGAGGGAACGAAGAUGCAUGCAUUGGUGGAAAGAAAAGAUCAGCAUAGGAGAUUUAGGAGACUACUUCAUGAAGAAGAGUGGAAGACCAUAUCUGGUUUCCAAGUUCGUACAUUUACUCCAUGGAUUCGUUUGACCAAACAAAGGAAAGAGAUUUUCCUCACUUCUGAGACACAAGUUGAUGAUGCUGACGCCUUUGAUGGUUUUAUUCCGUUGGAUCUAAUUCCAUUUGGAGAUGUUAUGCGCUUUGGAGUUCAUGCUGGAACUGUUUAUCUUAGAGACUUCAUAGGCCAAAUAUUAUUUUCUCAUGAGUUGGGUGUCAUCAAAGAUCGUUCUCUUCCUAGGAACAGAUUGAACCUUUACGAGAAAUAUACCAGCAAGAUUGACUUUGUGAUGCGGGACAACGUUGGCAAUAGAUUAAACGUUCGUGUAAAGGGACAGUUAGCAGAUAAAUUCAAACUCUUCUGGCUUUGUUACGCCAACUGUGGAACAAAUAUUGUUCUGUUAACUGACUGGCGUGUUGUUGGAAAUGAUGGUGGUAUAAAUGUUGAAAGCUCUCCUGGUAUCUCUACUUUUGAUUUCCAUCCCACCGGACACUUAGAGGUGGAACAUUUCGAGAAUACAUUAGAAGCUGAGGUUGAUGAUAGCGAUGAUGAUUGA